AUGGCCUCAUACAUUGAUAUGAGUUUAGAUGAUAUAAUACAGAAAACGAAGAAAAGAAAUUCUAAAUACAAAUCUAAUGUUAAUAAACAAAAGCCACCUGUUAAACAAAAUGUGGUAGACGCAAGAAAUAAAAUAAUAUCAAAAAAGCGUACCCAAAUUGUAGAUGCGAGGGAAAAGUUAGCAGAACUUGCCAGGCAAAAAGAUGCACGCUUAAGACUAGAGCAAAUGAGAGCAAAAAGGGCUAUAAGGAAUGUGCAAGGAGGAUCAAAUUUUCAAACUCCUAGAAAAUUUACAAAACAUCAUGCAAAGAUGGAACCAGUAUUUACAGAUCGUUCAAGACAAGUAAUUUCACAGCCCUUAACAAGAAAAACACUUAGAAAUCAAAGUUUCACUAAUAAAAGAAUAACGAUGGACAGAUCUAUAGAAUCUAGAAACUUGGCAAAACCUUUGAAGCCAAUUAUAAGGACGAUUGAAAAUGAUCUUGAAAUUAUUGAUGAUCCAAUGGAAGAGGAUCAUGUCCCAGUAAGAACAGCACUUUCUAACGGAAGAACAGGCUUACAACUCAAAAUAGUUACUCAUAACAAUAACAUACAAAGUAGAAGUACUGUAAUAGAUAAAGAGAAAAGUCCACCAAGACCACCUUCCAUUUUGAAAAAAAGGCCAAUGGCAGCAUUACGAAGUGAAAAUAAAACUGAGAAGCCUGAAAAACCCAAUCAUGAAUACAGGAUCAUUGUUAGUAAUUUACGUAACACUGUCACAGCAGGAGAUAUUGAGGAACUGUUUGGUGAUGUUGGUGGUAUGGUGGAGUCUCGCUUGGUUAGACCAGGAACAGCUGAAGUUAUAUAUAAAAGUGUUGAAGAUGCACAAGUAGCUGUUGAUCUGUACCAUAAUAGACAACUGGAUGGACAACCUAUGAAUUGUCUACUUGUCACUCCUCGCUCAACAUCUACUUCAGCUAGGAGCAGUAAUAAACCAGCAUUGUACAGUACUAACUCAAAUGUAGAGCCAGACAUAUCGACUUUCCAUAAAGUAUUGUUCAGCAACUUC